UUUCAUUCUUCACUGUAGUCCUGAUACUUACAGGCGCUCUUUCAGAAGUGGGCGAGACACAUUUACCGGUACUACAGCUUCCUAACCUGGGAAAGAAUAAGGCUGAACUUUAGUGUCAACCUGUCAUACCGGAACGAGUGAUUGGGCAAAACACUCGCGUUCCCUUACAGCGAUACUGGGAUCACUGAUUUCCGGGUCAGGACUGGGCUGAGGUAUGAUCAUACUAGAACCAUGGCCAUGGAAUUACAGGAUUUAACACCAACACCCGACACAAACAACCAAGAGGACGAAGCGAGGGUUGAAGUGUGCCCGGGCAAUGGAACUUGUUCAAACCACAGCUCUCCAAAUUCCACUGAAGACAGCCAUCUGCUGCCAGGUACACGGGCUGAGAGCAAUGGAGCACACAGUACUGUGAGAAUCCCAGAUGACCCUGAUGAGCCUGAAGGAACACUCGGCAGAUUGAAAAGGGAGCUGAAUGAACCAGCUUGUUGGAAGCUCAAAGUGUGGAUGCUCAUUCUUAUCGUCUUCAUUGUCCUUGUUCUUGUCAUCUUUCUCUCUCUUUAUUUAUGCUCAGUUUAUAAAGAAGACGUGGAUGACAAGUACAAUGUUGCAGAAUUUGUGGUGCCACGCUACUUUCGUGGGAAUUUAACACUUCUCAAAAACGUAACGCUAGACGCACAAUCACAAUCCAGUCUUCAGCAAAAACUGACUCACAUCUACACAUCCUCAUUUGCCCUGGGCCGAUACUUCUCCCUUGCUAGAGUAAAACCAAAGAGAAACAGCAAUUCUAGUGCUGAAUAUGAGCUGGAAUUUAAGAUUCCUAAAGAGCAUGAGCAGUUAAUACGAUACACUUUGAGCAAAGAGCUGGUGUACAGUGUGCUUCUGCAACAGCUAUUUGACCAGGACACCGGGGACCCACUUUACAUCGAGCCAUCUUCACUCACCAUGGAAGUUGGGAGUUAAAUGAGCAUUACAGCUACAGUCAUGAUGUGCAAUUUUCUACACACUCCUGUAUAUGAUGACACCCUCCGGUAUGGUCAUGAAAUUCUGCAUGUGCCUGUACUUAUGCUGGAUCUACUGUUUUUAAAGAUAUUUUAUUACGUUAAUGAUUACAACAUGUAAUUGUAAAUGGGAACAUUUCCUCAAACUGGUUUAGGGAUUCUAAGAAUUGUUUCUUGUCAGGUUUUUCAAUAGGAAGCCUAUUCCAAGUUUAUAUCAAACUAUUAGUCAUUUUCCUGCUCCUGGUCUUAACAUACUUCAGGCCUCUUGACGCCCAUGAUAAGGACAGGAGCUUUUAUCAGACACACAUUGUGUUUAUCUAUUGGGAGUGGAACUCCAGAUCUAAAGUCAACUAAUAUUUCCCUCCUGCUCUGUUCCAGGAGAAUGUUUUGACGAGACCUUAUUGAGACACUCUGAGGUGUGUAUGUGUGCAAAAAAAUAAAAAAUAAAUAUAUAUAUAUAUAUAUAUAUAUAUAUAUAUAUAUAUAUAUAUAAAAUAUAAAGUUAUCCCAUGAAAUAGGGUUGUACAUGAGCUGAUAGCCGACAAGGCAUGUAGCACUGACUUGGCUAUAAGCCAUGUACAAUGAGAUUGAGUGGAAUAACUGUUUUAUUCUAUCCACAUUCACUGGAUUUUGAGAAACAGAGCAUUUUGAUUUUUUGCAAUUUCGAUAAAUAAAAACUUUAUACAAAACGUCUGACAAAAUAAUUUCCACUUACAACCCCGAUUCCAAAAAAGUUGGGACAAAGUACAAAUUGUAAAUAAAAACAGAAUGCAAUAAUUUACAAAUCUCAAAAACUGAUAUUGUAUUCACAAUAGAACAUAGACAACAUAUCAAAUGUCAAAAGUGAGACAUUUUGAAAUGUCAUGCCAAAUAUUGGCUCAUUUGAAAUUUAAUGACAGCAACACAUCUCAAAAAAGUUGGGACAGGGGCAAUAAGAGGCUGGAAAAGUUAAAGGUACAAAAAAGGAACAGCUGGAGGACCAAAUU